GCAGUGCAUCGCAAGUGCAUCUGAUACCGCUGACAGUUUCAUUGAUUUUCGUGCAACGACGUAUUUACAAACAUUCAACAUUAGAAAAUUGUGCAAAUUAUCAUUGAAAUUACAAAUUUUUGAUACUGCAUCGGUAUUAUUCUGUGAUAAGAAUUUCGUGGGAUGAAACAGACCUCGGUUCACGAUGAGCAGUAGUUAUUAUUUUGCUAUUGUUGGCCACAACGAUAAUCCAAUCUUCGAAAUGGAGUUCGUCAACGCCAAUAAGGAGGCUAAGAAAGAGGAUCACCGACAUCUGAAUCAGUUCAUAGCGCACGCCGCGUUGGAUCUGAUUGACGAGCACAAGUGGAAAACGAACAAUACCUAUUUGAAGUCGAUCGACAAGUUCAAUCAAUGGUUCGUGUCGGGGUUCGUGACAGCAUCGCAUCUACGGUUCGUCAUGGUGCAUGACACGCGGAACGAUGACGGUAUUAAGAGCUUUUUCAACGAGAUGUAUGAAAUUUACAUAAAGCAUCUAAUGAAUCCGUUCUACGCUCCAAAUACGCCCAUCAAAUCGACGGCUUUUGAGAAGAAAGCUCAACUCUAUGGGCGCAAGUUUCUGAAUUCCUAGAUUUAGAACGUCGAAACGUUGGGAGGGAUAGAUCUUUUUUUUGUUGAAAGGAAUAAAUAAGUUUAGUUAACAAACAUUCAA